GGACGACGGCCGGAGGGGGGAGGAGGCGGCCCUAGCGCCAUUUUGUGGGAGCGAAGUGGUCGCUGGGCUGCUGUUGGAUUCGUCGCUGCUUCAGUUUCUCUGUCGGGCUUCCUAGCAGCGGCCUAGCGGCAAGACAAGCAAAGAUGUCCGAAUAUAUUCGGGUAACCGAAGAUGAGAAUGACGAGCCCAUUGAAAUACCAUCAGAAGACGAUGGGACAGUGCUGCUGUCCACAGUCACAGCCCAGUUUCCAGGGGCAUGUGGGCUUCGCUACAGGAAUCCAGUGUCUCAAUGUAUGAGAGGUGUCCGUCUGGUAGAAGGAAUUCUGCACGCCCCUGAUGCUGGCUGGGGGAACCUGGUGUAUGUUGUCAACUAUCCCAAAGAUAACAAAAGGAAAAUGGAUGAAACAGAUGCUUCAUCAGCAGUGAAAGUGAAAAGAGCAGUCCAGAAAACAUCUGAUUUAAUAGUGUUGGGCCUCCCAUGGAAAACAACUGAACAGGAUCUAAAAGAAUAUUUUAGUACCUUUGGAGAAGUUCUUAUGGUUCAGGUCAAGAAAGAUAUUAAAACUGGUCAUUCAAAAGGGUUUGGCUUUGUUCGUUUUACGGAAUAUGAAACCCAGGUGAAAGUAAUGUCACAGCGACAUAUGAUAGAUGGACGAUGGUGUGACUGUAAACUUCCAAAUUCUAAGCAAAGCCCAGAUGAGCCUUUGAGAAGCAGAAAGGUGUUUGUUGGGCGUUGUACGGAAGACAUGACUGCUGAUGAGUUGCGGCAGUUUUUUUGCCAGUACGGAGAAGUGGUAGAUGUCUUCAUUCCCAAACCGUUCAGGGCUUUUGCCUUUGUUACGUUUGCAGAUGAUCAGGUUGCCCAGUCUCUUUGUGGAGAGGACUUGAUCAUUAAAGGAAUCAGCGUACAUAUAUCCAAUGCUGAACCUAAACACAAUAGCAAUAGACAGUUAGAAAGAAGUGGAAGAUUUGGUGGUAAUCCAGGUGGCUUUGGGAAUCAGGGUGGAUUUGGUAACAGUAGAGGGGGUGGAGCUGGUUUGGGAAACAAUCAAGGUAGUAAUAUGGGCGGAGGGAUGAACUUUGGUGCUUUUAGCAUUAAUCCAGCAAUGAUGGCUGCAGCCCAGGCAGCUCUGCAGAGCAGCUGGGGUAUGAUGGGCAUGUUAGCCAGUCAGCAGAACCAGUCAGGCCCAUCAGGUAAUAACCAAAGCCAAGGCAACAUGCAGAGGGAGCCAAAUCAGGCUUUUGGUUCUGGAAAUAACUCUUAUAGUGGUUCUAAUUCAGGUGCAGCAAUUGGUUGGGGAUCAGCAUCAAAUGCAGGGUCAGGCAGUGGUUUUAAUGGCGGCUUUGGCUCAAGCAUGGAUUCUAAAUCUUCUGGCUGGGGAAUGUAGACAUUGGGUUAUCGUUAGUUGGUAUAAACUGGUGGGAAUUCAGAUUUUUCUAAACUCAUGGUAAGUAUAUUGUAAAAUACGUAUGUACUAAGAAUUUUCAAAAUUGGUUUGUUCAGUGGAGUAUAUUCAGCAGUAUUUUUGACAUUUUUCUUUAGAAAAAGAGGAAGAGCUAAAGGAAUUUUAUAAGUUUUGUUACAUAAAGGGUUGAAAUAUUGAGUGUUUGAAAGUGAACUGCUGUUUGCCUGAUUGGUAAACCAACACACUACAAUUGAUAUCAAAAGGUUUCUCCUGUAAUAUUUUAUCCCUGGACUUGUCAAGUGAAUUCUUUGCAUGUUCAAAAUGGAAACCAUUGGUUAGAACUACAUUCUUUUCUCCUUGUUUUAAUUUGAACCCCACCAUAUGGAUUUUUUCCUUAGGAAAAUCUCCUUUUUGGAGAUCAUGGUGUCACAGUGUUUGGUUCUUUUUUGUUUUUGUUUUUUAACACUUGUCUCCCUUCAUAUACAAAAGUACAAUAUGAAGCCUUCAUUUAAUCUCUGCAGUUCAUCUCAUUUCAAAUGUUUAUGGAAGAAGCACUUCAUUGAAAGUAGUGCUGUAAAUAUUCUGCCAUAGGAAUACUUCCGUCUUCAUGCUUUCUCAUUCAAGAAUUCGUCACGCUGCACAGGCUGUGUCUUUGACGGUGGGUGUCCCAUUUUUAUCCGCUACUCUUUAUUUCAUGGAGUCGUAUCAACGCUAUGAACGCAAGGCUGUGAUAUGGAACCAGAAGGCUGUUUGAACUUUUGAAACCUUGUGUGGGAUUGAUGGUGGUGCCGAGGCAUGAAAGGCUAGUAUGAGCGAGAAAAGGAGAGAGCGCGUGCAGAGACUUGGUGGUGCAUAAUGGAUAUUUUUUAACUUGGAGAGAUGUGUCUCUCAAUCCCUGUGGCUUUGGUGAGAGAGUGUGCAGAGAGCAAUGAUAGCAAAUAACGUACAAAUGUUUUUUGCAUUCAAAGGACAUCCACAUCUGUUGGAAGACUUUAAGUGAGUUUUGUUCUUAGAUAACCCACGUUAGCUGAAUGUGUUAAGUGAAACGAUACUUGUAUUUCCCCUACCCCUUUGUCAACUGCUGUGAAUGCUGUAUGGUGUGUGUUCUCUUCUGUUAUUGAUCUGUAAGUGUGGUAAUGUGAACUGAAGCUGAUGGGUUGAGAACAUGGACUGAGCUUGUGGUGUGCUUUGCAGGAGUACUUGGAAGCAGAGUUCACCAGUGAGCUCGGGGUGUCUCAAAAUAGGGUGGAAGUUCUAAUGUCUGUUAGCUACCCAUAAGAAUGCUGUUUGCUGCAGUUCUGUGUCCUGUGCUUGGAUGCUUUUUAUAAGAGUUGUCAAUGUUGGAAAUUCUUAAAUAAAACUGAUUUAAAUAAUAUGUGUCUUUGUUUUGCAGCCCUGAAUGCAAAGAAUUCAUAGCAGUUAAUUCCCCUUUUUUGACCCUUUUGAGAUGGAACUUUCAUAAAGUUUCUUGGCAGUAGUUUAUUUUGCUUCAAAUAAACUUAUUUGAAAAGUUGUCUCAAGUCAAAUGGAUUCAUCACCUGUCAUGCAUUGACACCUGAUACCCAGACUUAAUUGCUAUUUGUUCUUGCAUUGUCCAAAGUGAAAAGUUUUUUUUUUUUCUUUUUAAAUCUAGUUUUUAAUAAGUCUGGGUGACCGCACCUAAAAUGCACUUGCACUGUUACUCAGCAGCAGUAACAUGGUAACACUUAAAAUGGUAUUCGGGGACCUCCAAAGACUAAACUGACAAGCCUUCAAGGAGCCCAGGGGUAAGUUAUCUUUGUCAAUGGCAUGGUUUUGAUCCCUUAUUUACACUUGUGUAAAUCUAGUUACCAGUCUUAGAAGGCUUUCAAUGUUGACUAGCCUUCUGUUAACAUGUUUAUGGUACUGCAUAGCUAUGGGUAUUUAAUUCUACCCUAAAGAAAAAAAAAAUGAAGUUUAGAAGUAAACUAUUUGGCAGAGAUUUGUUUUUAAAGUCUAUUUGAUCAUCUAAAUGCAUUCAUUCUAAAAAAUUUUUGAACCAGUUGAAUAAAAAUUUAUGUUGCCACCACAGUUUAGUGUCUGGAGUCUUACUGGAAAAACAGUUUCUUUUUGUUUUUAAUGUGACAAAGAUGCUGGAAAGUUACCUUUAAAAAGUGAGUCUCAAGAAGUUGCACUUCAUAUGCACAAGAGAAGUUAGUCAAAACUCACAAUGAAUUUCUACAUAUAAUGGUAACUGUUUGGCUAGAAUGAAAAAGUUUGUUAAAUGUUAAGUAUUAAAGCUUUUUAGGGAGGAAUGGCCAACUAAAUGAAAUGAGAUUUUUAAGGUUAAGUCAGAGCUUAAAUGCUGUCCUUAGGAAAAAGAUGUUGAGUACUUAGUAAUUCAGAAGAUGUAUGUGAUAAUUAGAAUAAUUUUUUGUUGUUGAAUACUAGGAGAGGAACUCUUAACUGUGUAUUUAAGUUCUGUACUUAGCUGUUGUACGAUCUGUAAUCUAUUUUCAAAUGUGCCCAAGUAUUCCACAUUCGUGGUAAGAAGGAAAAAACACUACAGAUUGAUUUAUCAGUAAUACCGCCACUUAUUUUUAAUGUUGUAUUUCAUCUUAUGGAAAUGCCACAUUUGAUUCAACUGUCUUCUGAAUUUGAAAAUAAAAUAUUUAGGUUAUUUCCAAGUGCUAGGAACAUCCUCACAGCUAAAUUAAAAUCUUAGCAUUGGAAUUACCAGGUCAAAAACUAUGCAUGCUUUUAAGACUUGUGGAAUAGAUUUGCCAAAUUGUCCUUCAGAAAAUUCGUCGCCUUCGACAGUGUGAACUGGUGCUGUUCCAUGCUCUUCUUUUCUGCCAGUUUGAGAAGUGAAAAAUUAUAGCAUCGCUUUUAACAUGGAAAUCAGUCUAUACCUAGGCCAAAGUAUUGAUAUUUCCAAUUUAUCUACCCAAGAAAAACAUGAUUCAAAGUAAUUCCUGAACCAAUACUGCUAUAAUAUGUAACGCUCUCAGAGAACAAUAAGAACAAGUACAAAAACUGGAGAAAAACAGUUAAAGAACAUGAACAGGCAAUUUCCAGAAAUGCACAUGGCCAGUGCAAAAAGACACUGGACUUUUGUAAGUAAGUCCAAAUUUAACCAAUGAGUUUCUGUUGGAUUGGCAACGGUGAAUAUCACUACAAUGGUUUAUGUCCCCUUCAAUCAGAGAGUAAGUGGUGGAAAAGUGGCAAGUGGAGAAGUGCCUGAAAGGCACAUCUCACCUGUAGUUUGGUUUGGUUUUGAGGUGGAACAGCAGCUGUCGUGUUAAUGUUUCUCAGGUCAGUUUGCUGCUGAGGUCUUUUACAGGUAUUUUUUAGAACAAAGAAUCAUGUACUCACUGGAGACACACAAGCUAAAAACUAUUAAUUAUGUUCUUGAUCCAGGGAAUAUAGUUAAUGACUUUUGUGUAGACCCCAUACUGAUCUGCCUCCCCACAAUUGAUGGAACCCCAGGACACUAUUCCUCCCACAAACCACUUCUGUGUCUCAUUAUGUAGAAACACUAAUGCCCCCCCACUGUCGCCUUUACAGCUGUCCUUGCCCCCACUUUCUAAACCAGCACAAAGCAUGUUGUCAGUUACCCUUCCCCCCGGAUAGGACUGCUUUGCAUAUGCCGCAGUACAGUUUUGAUGGUCAACAACUGGUAUGUCAACAAACAUUAGAUUUCUGGCAAGAAAACCCCUUUGGGUUAAUCCCCAUCCAGAUGCAGUUCCAAUAUCAUUGGUUCUCAUGAAGCAUUCAGCUUCGCUUCUUGGCAAACAAAUAGGCAUGAUGUUUCUAUUUAAUACAACUUUGUUCUUCAAUUUAAUCAAUGCUAUGUCAUUAUCGUAACCAGCAUUAUGAGUGUAACGUUCAUGUAUAAAAAUGGCCUCGGCCCAGGCUUGUGUAUAAUGAGGUGACAGUCUCUUCAGGGCACCCAUUCUAAUGUCUAGGGAGGCGGCGUCUUCUCUUUGCUCAUAUACAGCAUGAGCAGCUGUUAGGAUCCAGUUGUCAUAUAGAAGUGCACCUGCUGCUAUAGUUUUACCUAAUAACAGGGCUUGCCAAGGAAAAUCGCCAAGCUUUGCAUUUUGUCCUCCAUAUAUACGACCUUCUGUGGUACGGGUGGAUAUUCCACAAACUGGGGGAAAAAAGAUGUAUAGAGCCUUUAUAGAAACCCGAUGGUGUUUUUUCUCCAAUUAUUACCACUUUGGAGUUGUGUAUAUGUAAUGUCAACCAAAAAUUGCAUCACAUAAUUUGGUGGGUGUCCACCUAUACAGGCAAGUGAGACUGCUUAAAACACUGUUCAAAGACCUGAUAAAACCAUUUGGUAUUUUUUAGCUCUGCAGAAAAUGAGGUGAGUGAAAAUUAACUUUUAGAAACUGAUUUGUUUUGGUAAAAUAAUUUGGUCUCGCAAUUGGGAAAAUAUUUAAUAGGGCAAACAGGAAUUGUCUGAGCUGAUGUGCGUAGGAAGUGAAAAAUAACCUUUUCAUUGCUUCUGUCUUCCAACUUGUAAAAUGGGGUAUUUACCAUGUAGUUCUGGGAAAGCAGAAACUAAGGUCACUAUCAUAGGAUUUGCAGAAUUACUUUCACCUUUGUACAUUAAAAUGUUUUUUAAAAAUUAGAAUGUUGCAGUUGUAGCCAGGAACCUUUAGGUUCAGAAAUUAUUUUGGGUCUAGUUGUUUCUUCCAAACACUAAACUUUAUUAUGUAUUGCUAACUAAAUAUGCUCAUAAGUGUAGCAAAUAUGUUUCCUGUUGUGGCAGAAUACUCUUAUUAAAGCUUACCAACAUUGUUGUCAGCUAAGAUGCAGGUUUUUAAAAAAGACUAAUUUAAGCCAAAUAGCACAGGGGUGAUGAGUAUAUUAUUACCUUUCUGAUUUUUUUUUUAAGCACUCAACUAUA